CUCUACUUACCCUCUGAUCAGUCGACAACUGAACUCAAACUCAAGGAUUUUUUUACUUUCCCAUCUCUACUCGUGUUUAAUUUUUUAUUCUUUUUUUUUCGUUUUUCAAAAUAAUUUUUUUUUGUUAUUCCACAAUUUUUCACAAAUUUUCUCCUAAUUCCACCGCGCAUUUCCCUUUAAAAAAAUUUUUUUUCUUCAGAUUUAUUUAUUUAUUUCAAUAAUUUAAAUGUCCUUAAAAGAGGAAAAUAUGCUUUAAUAAAAAAUGGAUUUGUCUGCAAUGAUGCCAAUAAUUUAUUUACGCGGUCUACUUCUUUUAUUGCUUUCUUUUUCGACUUUAUAUUCUACUAGGGCGCUUAAAGUUUAUUUAUUGGACACACUCAAUGCUACUUCUGAAUUAAAUUGGCGUACUUAUUCAAAUCAAGAUGAGAAGGAUGGGUGGUUAGAAGAAACAAUGUAUUCUCGCUCAGAAAACAAAAACCACCAAGUUUAUUCAACUUGUAAUUACGAAAGUACCCACGAUGCCGAAAAUUGGUUAUUAAUUCCUUCUGUAGAAAGAGGAGAAGCCCAACGAUUUUAUUUACAUUUUAAUUUUACAAUUGUGAGGUGUGCGGCUGUUGAAGCUUUGAGAACUAGUGGGUGUAAAGAAACGUUGAAAUUAUAUGCUGCUCAGUUUGAUGAGUCUGAAGAGAGGGAAUUUGUUAAAAGGAAAAAUUGGUUUAAUGAAACUAAAUGGGAUUAUGUAGACACACUAGCUUCUCAUUCAACAACGGAUACUGCAAAUAAUAAUCAAAAUAAAAAUGAGGUAGAAAGGGGAGGAAAUUUAGAAGAAGGAAAUACUCUUAAAGACCACCAACAACAACAAUCAAAUAAUAAUCAACAACAAACAUAUACCCAAACAAGCUCUUAUGAUGUUAAAAAGCGUUAUGUACAUUUUGCAUUGAGAAAUACUGGUGCUUGUUCUUCUAUACUUUCUGUUAAGAUUUACUACAAUGUUUGCCCAGAAUAUUUUUCUUCACUUCUACACCUUCCACGUACCGUUAGUUCUCGUGACCCCCACGGUGUUGUAAGCGUUCAGGGACGUUGUACUUCCAACUCCUCUCCUGUCGCCACAAUAAUUCAACAAAAUUCCAAAAAUUCACAAAAACUCGAAAAAUUAGUUAGACGUCAAUUCCCAGCAUUACAGCCCCCAACAGCUAUUUGUAAAGCUGAUGGAAGUUGGCAAUUGGUUGGGUCUUCUACAGAAUGUGUUUGUGAUCAGGGAUUUGUGGUAUCCAAAAUUAAUGGAAUGUGUACAGCCCUUCCAGUAAUCGAAACAAUUGGGGAAGAAGAAGACGAAGAAGAAGAAAUUCCCGUAACUCAAUCAGUUUUUGGUUUACAAGAAUUGCCAGUUACUACGGAAUCAAUUUUUGGACAAGCAAUAUUUCUUCUUUUACUUUUUGUUAUAUUAGCUAUAACUGGGACUGGAAUUGUUUUGUUAAUUACUAAAAUUAAAGUUAAUAAACAAAAUAAUAAUAAACAAUUGGUUGGGAAUAAACAACAAUUACAACGGUUGGAGGGAAAUAAUGGAAGAUAUCAAAGUUUAAAAUACCCAUGUAUUCAACCAAAACAACAUAUUGGACCUAUCAUUAGUACAAGUUGUCAGGAUUGUGGUACACCUCGCUUACAACAUGAAUGUAGUACUCCUCGUCUUGAAAAACAACAAUGGCAUAAUAAUAAUACUUUUUUGACCCAAACAACCCCCACUUCAUUAAAAAAACAGCAACACCAUUUAUAUGUAGACCCAACAACUUAUGAGGACCCAACACAAAUAUUAGCAGCAUUUACAAAUGAAAUAUAUGCAAAAGAUGUUGAAAUAACAAGAGUAAUAGGUAGUGGUGAAUUUGGGGAAGUUUGUUGUGGACGGUUAACUGUUGAAGAUAGUUAUGGGCAGAGACAGCAACAAAUUGUAGCAGUCAAGCGUUUGUUACCUGAAGCAAGUUGCAAGGCUAAAACAGACUUUUUAUUGGAGGCUUCUAUAAUGGGGCAAUUUGAACACGAAAAUGUUAUUAGAUUAAUUGGGGUUGUUACAAGAACAGAGCCAGUUAUGUUAAUUACCGAAUAUAUGUUGUAUGGCUCGUUGGAUCAAUUUUUGAGGGCAAAUAGAGAUGGACAAUUAACUAUAUGUCAAUUAGUUAGAUUAUUACAUGGAAUUGCUUGUGGAAUGAAUUAUUUAACUGAUAAGGCUUAUGUUCAUAGGGAUCUGGCUGCUCGUAAUGUUCUCGUCGACGACCGUUUAACUUGCAAAAUUGCUGAUUUUGGUUUAAGCCGUGGAUUACGUCCUAGCAACAACAGCAGUGGAAGUGGUUCUCCACCUUUUAUUGAACAGGAAUAUACAACACAACAAGGAGGGAAAAUUCCAAUUCGGUGGACAGCGCCAGAGGCGAUAAUGCAACAUAAAUAUACGACAGCUUCGGAUGUGUGGAGUUUUGGUGUUGUUAUGUGGGAGGUUUUAUCAUUUGGAGAACGUCCAUAUUGGGAUUGGAGUAACCACAGAGUUAUUCAAGAAGUUAUUCAUUCUGGUUAUCGUUUACCAGCUCCACAAGACACUCCAAAACGUUUAUAUGAAAUUAUGAUGACUUGUUGGUAUGCAGAAAGGAAUUUAAGGCCAACAUUUGCCCAAUUACUUUCACAAUUAAAUGCAUUCCUUACAGAUGUAGACUUUUUUUAUAAAUAUAUUUGA